AUGCGCUACCACCCCACCGGUAAGGACCGUGACUCCUACAUCUCAGGGGUACGUCCAGGCGGCAAGUUUGGGGCUAUGCACGAUGUUAGCAAGCGUCGGGACAACUUGCCGGAGCAUAUCUUUGCUACGAUCCGUGACCAGGUGGUACAAGAGGAACGCCUGCGGCUGGUGGACGAGGAGGCGCGCGCUUGUGCUCGGCUGCAGAUGUCUUCUGGUAAAAGUGGUAAACGCGUGGCAGGUGGCGCCGCCGAAGAUGAGCGGCAAGAGCUUGAACGAGUGUCAAAUUUUGAGUCGGUUCAAGCGCGGCACCGAGCACUGCUGGAGUUGUACUCUAGAGAGAAGGAACAGUGGACGACGGAGCUGGAAAAGCGUGGCUUGACUAUGAAAAUGUAG